AUGCCUGCUAGACAGGAACGAAGAGCGUGGCGAGUCACCUACAAUAAGAGUCCACAUCAUCACGGUAAAUUCGCUGUGAAGCACUAUGUCUUCCACGACUGGCGUUACAAGUUCACCUUCUACAACGUGGCCGACCCAAGGCCUGUGAUCAGCACUGUCCUCGGCUCUCUCUCUGGUGAUGCUGCGGUGACCUGUGACUUCGCCUGGUACUUCCCUGGCACUGAAGAAUACCUUCUCGAGACGCGAAAGACUGAGGAGGCGCAGGAGGACACCAAAGAGCUGCUGUUCCAAGGGUAUGAGCAUUACCUCAAGGCCAACUACGUCGAUAUGGAGCAUAGGAAGACCUGUAAGGCCGAUGGUAGAUGGUCGAGCCUUCGGAGGGAUACUGGCAGUGCCGUGCGGGGUCUGUAG